AUUUUCUCUUCUCACUUAAUAUUUCCUGUCGAAGUUCAUAAACUGUCCGUACUGGCAUUGCUGCGUGUGUAUCGUUAUUUUCUGAAGAGAAAAAUGCCUUCGAGUUGAUGCUCACGUACUCGUGGUCACAUUUAUUGGAUUUAGUCAUCUUAACGUAUAUAUAACGUAGAACUGAGUUACCGUUUCAUUUUAAUAUUUCCAUUGUGAACGUUGUUACCUGAGCAUCAUAACGUGUUAACUCGAAUUACCGUUGUAUUUUAUCGCUAUUUCAACAAACUUAAUUUAAAAAUUUACUUUUAUUUUAUAUUAAACAAUUUACCGAGUUUUUUUAUCAUAUAAAUAAUCAUGAGGGAAAUUAUUCACUUACAAGCCGGUCAAUGUGGGAACCAAAUCGGUUCGAAGUUUUGGGAGGUAAUCUCUGAUGAACAUGGCAUUGAUCCAACUGGACACUACAACGGUACAAGCGAUUUGCAGUUGCAGCGUAUCGAUGUUUAUUACAAUGAAGCUAACAAUCACAAAUACGUCCCACGAGCAAUCUUGGUGGAUUUGGAGCCAGGAACUAUGGACUCGAUCCGCAGCGGACCUACUGGUCAAAUGUUCCGUCCAGAUAAUUUUGUAUUUGGUCAAAGCGGCGCAGGCAACAACUGGGCCAAAGGACACUACACCGAAGGCGCAGAGCUCGUUGACGCGGUACUUGAAGUCGUGAGACGAGAGUCUGAGGGCUGUGAUUGCCUCCAGGGUUUCCAGCUGACUCACUCACUGGGAGGUGGUACCGGCUCGGGAAUGGGAACUCUGCUGAUUUCUAAAAUUCGUGAGGAAUAUCCAGACCGAAUUAUGGCUUCUUUCAGUGUAUUUCCUUCACCUAAAGUUUCUGAUACUGUUGUCGAGCCUUACAAUGCUACUUUAUCAGUUCAUCAGCUGGUUGAGAAUACCGACGAGACUUUCUGUAUAGACAACGAAGCGCUCUAUGAUAUUUGCUUUAGAACGCUUAAGCUCUCUUCACCUACUUAUGGGGAUUUGAACCACUUAGUUUCGAUGACAAUGUCUGGAGUAACAACUUGCUUGAGAUUCCCCGGACAAUUGAAUGCAGAUCUUCGCAAACUAGCUGUGAACAUGGUACCUUUCCCACGGCUUCACUUCUUCAUGCCUGGAUUUGCUCCACUUACUGCCCGCGGAAGUCAGCAAUAUCGUGCUGUAUCAGUUUCUGAGCUUACACAACAGAUGUUUGACUCAAAGAACAUGAUGACGGCCUGUGACCCAAGACACGGACGUUACCUGACAGUAGCAGCUAUUUUCCGUGGUCAAUUGUCGAUGAGGGAAGUUGACGAACAUAUGCUCAGCGUACAGAAUAAAAAUUCAAGCUACUUUGUUGAAUGGAUUCCCAACAAUGUCAAGGUCGCUGUUUGCGACAUUCCACCUCGUGGUCUCAAAAUGUCCGCGACUUUCAUUGGUAACACGACCGCUAUUCAAGAAAUUUUCAAACGGAUCAGCGAACAAUUCACCGCGAUGUUUAGACGCAAGGCUUUCCUUCACUGGUACACUGGCGAAGGUAUGGAUGAAAUGGAGUUCACUGAGGCUGAAUCUAAUAUGAAUGACUUGGUUUCGGAGUACCAACAAUAUCAGGAAGCGACCGCUGAGGAUGAGGAAUGUUAUGAAGACGAAGAAACUGCUGAAGAACUGGAAGCUUAAUUUUCAACCAGUCUCGAAUCUAAUAUUAAAAUUUCAAACUAUUAAUCAAAUCACAAGUAUUUUUAGUUAUAAAUAAGAUAUAACAAUAUAACUGUUAUAUAU